CGGUUGCGUGUAACCCAUGAAAACUACGGGUAUUCUUAGAAAAGGCGAGUAGAAAUUGUCGCCUUUGACAGCCCACCGACAAGCUGCCCCCGCGCCACGACAGAGUGAAUUGAACUUUUACGAGUUAUGACUAUGGCAUGGGUAAAUCCUGAUCAUAUACGGAGUAAGACACUUUCAGAGAUAAUUUUUUUGAAACUUUCACAGCAAUCAUAAGGAAGGAGGAGAAAAGUAAAGCAAACAAAGUCGUCUGGACUCUUCUUGAGCCAGCCGGGUGGGUGAGUCGUCUCGUUCCACGAACCACAACUCAGUCCAAUUCCUCCCUGCAGAGCUGAUCUACAAGUCUUGAAUCUGGUUCUCUAGCUAGGGCGCCCAAAUGAGUGUCCGCUGAAUUUGGACACUGAUUGGGCUGGGCUCUUCCUGUCAUCGGCAACUGAGAGAAGAGGGGAAAUGGGUUGGAAAAGCAGAGGAUUUGAGUCGACUCAGAAAGGAACUGUUUCAAGAAGAUCAACAAUCUUGCUCUGUGUGGGGUGCUUCUGUAUUGGGAUGCUCUUCACUGACAGAAUGUGGAUGGUUCCAGAAGCUAAGGGCAUAUCAAGGCUUUCAAAAUUUGAUGAUGGCAAGAUGAAGUUGGUUUCUGAUGGCUGUGAUACUGGAACUGAUGGACAAAGUGACUCAAGGAACAUUCUUGCUGAGGUUUCAAAGACACAAAGUGCUAUACAAAAUCUGGAUAAAACAAUAUCGAAUUUGGAGAUGGAGAUAGCUGCAGCAAGGGAUUUGCAGGACUCUAUUCUUACUGGCUCUCCCAUAUCUGAAGACCUCAUGGUCCCAGAAUUAACUAAGAGAAGAAAAUAUCUGAUGGUGAUUGGCAUAAACACGGCAUUUAGCAGCCGAAAAAGAAGAGACUCUAUUCGGGCUACCUGGAUGCCCCAAGGGGAUGAAAGAAAGAAGCUCGAGGAUGAAAAAGGCAUUAUUAUGCGUUUUGUGAUUGGACACAGUGCUACUACCGGUGGCAUUCUCGAUAGAGCAAUUGAAGCAGAGGACAAGAAGCAUGGAGACUUCUUGAGAUUGGAACAUGUUGAGGGGUACCUUGAGCUGUCUGCCAAAACAAGGACUUAUUUUACUACUGCUGUGGCUCUCUGGGACGCAGAUUUCUAUGUGAAAGUGGAUGAUGAUAUACAUGUAAAUAUAGGGACUCUGGGAACAACUUUAGCUAGGCAUCGUUCGAAACCCCUAGUGUACAUCGGUUGCAUGAAAUCUGGUCCAGUCCUCGCACAAAAGGGAGUAAGAUAUCAUGAGCCUGAACACUGGAAAUUUGGCGAGGAAGGAAACAAGUAUUUCCGACAUGCAACGGGGCAGCUAUAUGCCAUAUCAAAAGAUUUAGCCACCUACAUCUCACUAAACCAGAAUGUGCUUCACAAAUAUGCUAACGAGGAUGUUUCUCUGGGGUCAUGGUUCAUUGGAUUGGAUGUAGAACACAUUGACGACCGUAGAUUGUGCUGUGGAACUCCACCUGACUGUGAAUGGAAGGCACAGGCGGGGAACAUAUGUGUGGCUUCCUUUGACUGGAGAUGCAGUGGCAUUUGCAACUCUGUUGAGAGGUUGAAGGAGGUUCAUCGCCGCUGUGGGGAAGGCAAUAACUCCCUCUGGAAUGCUGUCUUUUGAUGUCUGAUUAUUCAAGCUUACUAUUGUACAAUGUCUGUCCAUUUGGUUCCAAAAAAGUGGGAAUGGUUGAUCUGGGAAUCCACUCCAUUUUAUUAAGGAAAAGAUAUCACCACAGCAGCCAGUCUACUACAGGAGCAUGUGUAAACUAGUAUUUCUUAAUUCUUUAGUCAACUCAACUUUUCUUUUUAUAAUUUGAUUGAAAAGAUAAUGAACAUUGUAAUAAGUCUGUAAAUUGUGGGAAUUCGUUUCCUUCUUUCACCUUUUUGACAUUCCUCAUGAUACAGUGUAUUGAACAAUUGGUUCUGAAGUAUAUAGCUGAAGUAUUUAUUUGAUCAUUCACAAAAAUAUGUCUUGGUAGUGACAAAGUAAAAGAAGUAUUAUGUG